AUGGCUUCGUAUGACACCAUGACCUUUCAGUUUCACUCUUUCUCGCAAGAUGAAGACGUUGAAAACAGUGAUGGUUAUGAUCAUCAUUCCCCCAACUUGUCCAGGCUUUCUGUUUGUACCAGCAGCACCAUGUGUUGUGAUGUUAAUGAUGCCAUGGCUAUGUACAUGUCAGGCUUGUCCAUCGAAGAGGACGAUGGUGAUGGUGAUGGUGAUGUUGAAGUUUCUGACGCCAAAGAGCUCUUGUUAUCAUCUGACUCUGAUGAAGACGAGUUGAGUAGCCGUUAUCCUUCGCCACCAACGCCCCCACGUGGCGUGAAGGACUAUGCUAGUGGUAAUGAGGUUCAAAAAGCAAUGGAGAAGGGUCCAUGGAGGAAAAGGUGUUGGAGAAUGAGAAAGGGCACGAGGGUGUGGGAGAAAAACAGGAGCAAUAGUGUGAAGAAAGAGAAGGAACAAAUGACGAAGCUGAAGGGGUUGAGCACUAGAGAGGGUGAGGAAAGUGGGUUGAAGGUGAUAACAAGGGGAAAAGAUGGAAAGUCACUGUGCAUGGAGUUGGAGGAAGUGAUGGCAUGUAGAGAUCUUGGCUUUGACAUAGAGUUGGAGAUACCUUCUCUUUCUCUCGUUUUCUCAAAUUCUAAACUUGAUAAUAACAGUGGUGCUACUUCACCAAUCACAAAUUGGCGCAUUUCUAUAGUCCUGGCGGUUGCAGCAUCUGCAUCCAAAUACGGCACUUGA